GUUAGAUUCAAAACCGUUUUGAAAAAACAGACCCUCUGCCUGUUUCUCUAAUCUCUUUGUCUCUCAACGUUUUGAUUCGUUGAAUCACAUUCAUGGCCGACCAUCAGAGCACAAAAUCAUCACUCAUGGAGCCCCGUCAAUCACAUCCUCUUCACCAAAUCGCCGAAACCCCAACACACAGACUCCUCCUGAAGCAGUGGCUCAAAGAAGAAGAGCUGAUUCUCAACAGAAUCUCUCUGAAAGAGACUCAGAUCGACUCAGUUCGUAAGGAAUUAACACAAGUCUACAUCUUUUUCUUUCUCUUUCACUCGAUCUCUCUCAUUCUCCUCUUCAACGCUGAAAAGGGUUCCUGUAAAAGGUCAUGGAUUCCCUCCUUGUGUUUACUCCUUUGCUCUCUGGGGAUGAUCUGGGCCGUCAGAUACAAGUCUGAUGUUGAAACCCACCUGGAGAAGCUGCUGGAGAGAGAGAAGGAGGAUGGAAAGUUGUUGGGUAAAUGUAUCGAGGAGUUGAAGAAGAAGGGUAUUGAGUUUGAUCUUUUGAAAGAAGUUGAUGCGCUGAGGAGGGCAAAGAGUUUGAGAGUUGAAGCUAAAGCUGUUAAAAAAUGGUCAGCAAGAGACUUUGUUACAUUGUUUUUCUUUAGUGUUUCUUGUGUGGCUCUUGGCUUGACUAGAGUCAUUUUGUGUAGUUAGAAUUAGGGUUUUAGCAAAUGGUUUUGGGGGUUUUUUGUCCAUUAAAUUGGUGGAGAAUUUGUUUUGACUGUGCCCACAAGUGCAGAAUAUUCUGUUCUGCUGUAAUUUGAUGCCUUCUAUCAAUGAUUAUGAAAUAAUACACUGAAUAUUUGUUUUUA